UCUCGCAGAAAUUGCAAGUCCCACCAUCUGAAAUGGUCCAUUGCCGGACCUGUCGCCAAUUUCCAACUGAAUUCCCCCAGUUUCCACCAUUUCCCAAUCCCUCCGAGAAAGAAAGCAAACCCCUUUUCCAUCGCUCCACAGAACGGUGAGACGGCGAGAAAAUGGUGUCUUACGUGAAUGCUCUUCUCUACGGAGUGGGCGGCAUAGUGGUUGCUGGCAUGGCAUUGCUCGUCGCCUUGCAGGAGCGGCUCGUCUACGUGCCGGUGGGACCCGGCUUCACCAAGUCCUACGCCAUCACGCCGGCGCGCCUCCGCCUUCUCUACGAGGACGUCUGGCUCAGAUCUUCCGACGGCGUUCGUCUUCACGCCUGGUUCAUCAAGCUCUUCCCUGACUGCUCAGGUCCAACCAUUCUGUUUUUCCAAGAAAAUGCAGGAAAUAUUGCACAUCGCCUUGAAAUGGUUCGAAUAAUGUUGCAGAGAUUGCAAUGUAACAUCUUCAUGCUUUCCUACAGAGGUUAUGGGGCUAGUGAUGGCUACCCAUCUCAACAUGGUAUCACUAAGGAUGCUCAGGCUGCAUUGGAUCAUCUGGUUCAGAGGACCGACAUCGAUACAUCUAGAAUAAUUGUUUUUGGAAGGUCACUAGGGGGUGCUGUGGGGGCUGUGCUUACAAAAAACAACCCUGAUAAGGUUGCUGCACUGAUAUUGGAGAACACCUUCACAUCUAUUUUGGACAUGGCUGGAGUUCUUCUACCCUUUUUAAAGUGGUUUAUUGGACAUAGUGUCCCAAAAGGUCCCAAGGUCCUUAAUUUUCUUGUUCGUUCUCCAUGGAAUACCAUUGAUGUAAUUGGCCAGAUCAAACAGCCAAUACUGUUCCUCUCUGGAUUGCAAGAUGAAAUGGUUCCUUCAGUCCAUAUGCAAAUGCUAUAUGCUAAAGCAGCUGCACAUAACAGGCAAUGCAACUUUGUGGAGUUCCCUACUGGCAUGCAUAUGGAUACAUGGCUGGCUGGUGGUGAUCGCUAUUGGAGAGCAGUACAACAGUUCUUGGACCAAAAUGUUCUAGAAAAUAAGGCUUAUGUAUCUUCUCAACAUGAAAAAGGUUCUAAGACAAGGUGACCGGCUGAGGUUCAUACCUGAGGCGUAAUCCUUUCAACCAUUUGUACGUUUCCUUUCGCAUUGCAACUACAAAAAUGCCUCUUUGUGAUCAGCAUUGAGACCUGCCUGCUGCAUUGGGGCUUCCUCUUGUAGACAAUUUUUGGUUAACCCCUUUUGAAGAUGCCCAAUUGUGAAUGCCUUCCCGUACCCCUAUCAUUGCUUGAAGUGUGAAGGUGAGAAAAUGAACUGCAAAACUUAUAUUUAUGAGCUGAACUCGUUGUCUAUUUGGAUGUACUAUUUUAGGACAGGUGACCUUCAUUGACCAGUAUAAUAGUGUGGCAGCUGGGACUAGUGAAGUCUGAUUGUCUAAUUUAUGACAACUUGUAGAUCAAAUGACACAACAUAGUGAUCAGUUUUCAGUUUUAUUAUGCGACUUCAGAAAGCUUUCAAGAUUCAUUCGUGUGUUUCUGUUUCUGCAUGUAUAUAUGCAAAUUUGUGCUUUCAUCCACAACCACAAG